AUGUGGGAUAAAUCUGUCAACAUUAAUAAUGCUAGUACCACUGGUGGUGGGACUGUUGGCUUGACGUCAGGAAGGCAAUUUGUUGUAAAAUUUCACGAGAGGAUUUUAAAAUCUUUGAAGAGAAUUUCUGAUUCCGAUAAAAUUAGUGAUAAGGUUGCCUGUCUAAAAGCCUCUCUAAAUAUAGAAACAUUAACAAUAACAGUUGAUAGUGUGGAACCCAGUAACAUCAACAACAACUGCAUCAAUAACAACAGCAACAACACUCAUUACAUUAAUUACCUUCUUUCUUCUAAUGCUAGUUGUUUAGGGGAGUUCUUCAUCCCAUGCCAGAUCGAACCAUGUUCUGAACAAUCUCACAAUGAUGAGUACCUGAAUUCAAUGAUGAUGCUGUUCAACGACAACGCUAACAAUAUUAGUAAUGCUCUAAAAAAUUAUCUUAAAAGCAGUAAUAAUAAUAAUAACAAUAAUAAUAAUGCAUGCACCAUGCAUGCUGAAUUAAUUCAUCCUGAUAACUCGUUUAAUCUCACUCCAAUAAAUCCUAUCGAAUUUUUUCCAACUGCUUUGCUAAAAAGUUUCAUGGGGCCGCAAAACGUGGGGGCAGUUAGGCGCGAAUCGAAAUCUGGCUUUUUGGUACUUGACGACAAGCAGAGACUGAAUCUGCUGUUAUCGUUAGACAACGUCAUGAUCAAUAGUAAGAGUCCUCUGGCUGGAAUUUGGAUAAACGGAGUUGAUACGUAUGACGACCCAUAUGUCUGGGCCUGUCUCUUUAGAUAUGUCUACAUUGUUAAUUGUCCUAAGGCUUCUGACGGCAACAACUCCAACGUUAAAAACAUCAGCGGCCUCAGUAACAGCAACAGAAACUUCCUUGUCGUUUUCUUCCCCCCACUACAAAACAACCCCGAGUUCUGUCGGUGCAGUUAUAGUAAUGAUCACCCUAAUUUUACACUAAUUGCAGGCCAGGAGACAGUAACAAUUGACUAUCUGACGACAGGCAAGGAUCAUACAAUGAAACUGAGUAGUAACAAGGUUGCUAUAAGGAGGUUUGAUGCGUUUGUCAAUGUCCUCAACCAAAUGAAGCCAUCCGUCCCCUGUCAAUCAAAUCUCGCAUCGACUCGCCCAUUGGCGAAUCCUCCAACCAAUCAGAAUCAAAAUAAUGAGAGCUGCAAUUUGAACGUAGAUGACAGUUUUGUUAGGAAUGAGUUACUUAUUCAGAGGAACAUGGUUUUUGGAAAUUAUGACGAGUCAUUGAUAGCACUGCCUGCUGUGAAGGAAGAUGUUACCCGACCGCCUCAACAACAAACACAAUUUUUGCAACAUCAGCAACUGAACUUUCCACAGCAACCUCAACUACGUCGACAACUGGACCAACUACAACCGCCACAACAAAGUUACGUGGUUCCUUCAAAACCUGGGACCAGCCAGCACCCUUCAACAGCUAGCAACGAGCAACAAACAUCCGCAGCACAAAAUUUUCAGCAACAACAACUGCAAUUACAUCAGCAACAGUUUAAUAACAAACCUCUUAACCAAACUUCAAAAAAGCAAAUUGCAGCGAAACGACAGCAGCAGCAGCAGCAGAACAACUCCCAAAGUUCAACCCCACCCCCCAGCAGACCAUCGACCUUCAGACAGACUCCACAGUUCGGAGAUUCAUCUCAACCAACGAAUGAUUCACCAAGAACGACAACGCAAAAACUUCCAUCUAAAAGUGCGAAAAAUCUUCAGCAAAGUAAACCAAAAACAACGGCAAAGUUACACUGCACUGAUAGAGCCCAGCAACAACUUCAGCAAGAGCAGGCAACACUUGAACAAUCGUCUUCAUCACCUGACAGUGGUGUCAACAUGCCCGAGUUCAACUACAAGUCGCAACCAGAUUUCCAACAGCAACAACAUUUUCAACAACAACAACUAUUUAUGCUUCAACAACAACAGCUUGUAUCUCUACAACAACAACAAAGUCACCCGCAAAAUUUUCCAACGUUCACAAAUCCACCCAAUCCUAGAGACUACAAGAAACAAGUGAGUAGUGAUUCAAACGCAUCAAAAGAAACGGAUCAAAUACAAAUAAUUCCCAACUACCUCCAACAGUUUCCAACUCAACAACAACAUUUCCUCUCGCCAUCUCAACAUCAGCAACAUGUUGCAGUUGCAUCCAACACAACAUUCGCACCGACGGCUGCAACUUUGCAGCAACAUCCACAGUUCUUAGCAACAAGUCCUCAGCAGUUGUUGGCAGCAGUGACUGAUCUGCAAGUCACAGCAGCACAACAACAAAUGAAUUUACUUGCAACAACACAACAACAACAAAAUUUGUUACUAGCAACACCGCAACAAAAUCAAUUACUAACAACACAACAGCAGCAACAACAACUAACCCCAGUUCAACAGCAACUGCCUCAGCAAACAACACCUCAACAAAUUGUAUUCACACAACAGCCACAGCAACUACAGCUAACACCACAACAGCAGCAACAACUACUACAACCACAAUUUCAGCUGCAACCUCAGCUUCUACAGCCACAGCAGCAGUUUAAGCCACAAGCCAACAUGUGGAUUCCACAGGAGAUUUUACUAUUGCUAGCUAGACAGGAUGCUGAAUUAAGGUCAUUGAAACUUGAACUGGAGGCCCUGAAACAAGAAAAAUCUCAAAUUAGUUCUGGAUUGAGCAACACCAACAACAACAUCAACAACAACAACAACACUAACAAUAGCAACAACAAAGAUUUACAAGCAAAUAACAUCAACUCUAAUGUUGGCAGGGGCAAUAACGGCAACGUGGAGAACAGUAGUAGCAACAACGUUAAUGUGAACAACAAAAAUAUCUUGUCUAGUGGUAGUAGUAAUAGCAACAAAAACACAAAACAACACAGAACUUCACUUCCUGACGAUCACCUCCAACAACAACAACAACUGCAUCAACAACAUCAACGAAUCCUAUCUUACGAAACAUCCAAGAGAGAUAGAGGAAGCCUUGAUUCGUUCAUUCAGUUUAACCAACAACAACAACAGCAUUUACAGCAACCAAAACCGCAACAAAAACCACAGAAAUUUUUCCAGCAGCAACAGCAACAACAUCCAAGGCAACAAAAAUCAACAAAACAACAAUUACAGAAACAACAACCUGCCCAGAAACAACAACAACCUGCCAACAACAACAAAAACAUUUUUACUGACUCCAAUAACAAUGAUAACGACGACGACGACGAUGAUGAUAAUGUUCAUGAUUAUAGUCUUCCGGAUUUGACAGUCACACAAUUUGAAGUGCAAAGAACUCUCGUAUCACCGGUGUUCCCAGAAAUGCCAGACUUUAGCGAAUGGUGCAACAAUUGCAACGAUACAGGUAUCAUGGAUACCUGCACUCAAUCAAAUUUACCUGCUGCUACUACUGCCGCUGCUACUACUGUGGCUAGACCUAAUAACAUCACGGAUGGCAAGGGAGACUGUGAAGAUGGAAACAUUGUUUACAAAGAUAUUAUUGAAAAAGUUCAGAAAAUGUUAGUCCAGAACAAGACAGCUAAAGAUGCAAACGUCCGUGUUGAUUCCAGGGCCUCGUCAUCAUCUUCCUCAUCAAAAUCACCUCAUCAAGAUCCUCCAAUCCAAUCAAAUCAAGGAAUGCUUCAGCGUCACCAACAACGUCAUCCGCAACGACAAAAUUUAAUGAAUCACCGUAACGAUGAUGAAGAUGAGGACGAUGAUGAUGGUAGUAGUAGUAGUGACGACGAUAAUGAAGAGGAUGAGGAUGAUGAGGAAAUUAGAAUAGAUAGAAAACUUGACUUUGAAGAGAUGACUAGGAGGCAGCUUAAGGAAAUUGGCAUUGAUGUGGAUCAGAUUGAUCUAGCCAAACAGACGUCAUCAACCCUGGACAUAUCCAUGUACCUUCCUUCCGUCAACCACAAGUCAAUCCUUCAAAUGGGAAGGAGUUACACGUACGAUGACAGCGAUGAUGAAGAGAUCAAGGGCCUCGGUGAUACUCCUCACCACCGUCAUCAUCAGCAGCAGCAGCAAAUCAGAAAUAGACAACCGCCGAAAUUUCUGUCAUCAUCUUCCACACCGUCCGAUGUAAGCUUGCAAAUGGAUUCGCUAGCUAUGAAGUAUCUUAAAGAUGAAGAGCUAGCCUGUCUGGCCAGAGUCAAUAAAUCUAGCAGGACAAAAAAUGUUCCUGACUGCAGCAAAGCGAUGAAGAAAGCAUUAAAGAUGGGAAACAGGGCUUCCGGUGCAAAGAAUCAUAACGUCAGGAAGAUGGAGAACGAGAAAAAGAAGCUGGAAGAGGCUGACACUACGCUUCCUAAUAAAAUGCUCGAUAUUGAAUCUUUAAAAGAACUGCCAAAACUUCUAUAGUUCAAUUAUUUAAUGCGUUAUGAUUUGGAGAAGCAUUAACUGCUUGGCUCUAUUUAUUUUCACCACCCGUUUGUUACUGUUGGGUAUUUAGAUUCUAGCCUUUCAUUAUUAAUUUGUAAUUAGGAAAUUUUCAAAUGUAGCAAGAGGUUUUGAUUUUUUAUUAAUUGUUUGUAGCAGUCAUCAACUGUUAAAAUGUUCGCAUUUCAACAUUAUUUCUUAUUGUUGAAUUACAACAU